AUGACGUUCCGCUCCGUCCAAGGUUGUGUUUACUUUACUUGGGCGUUGCCCCGGGCACCCACCCUCACCCCUUCCCGAAUCGGACGCCUGCCUGCCAGCGCGCCGUGCCGUGCUAUUGCUGCCCACCUACUCGCCAAGCCUGCCCGUUGUUUCGGGGGAUCCUCGUCUCACAUCAACUCCAUCCUCGUCCACAUCAACCACGUCGCACACACAUCGUGCACUCCCUCAUUCGGCCAGACACACCCAUCCCUGGCCUCCUCGCGCCUGCUGCACGGUCUGGCCCUGCAUUCUGCCAUGGUGUCCACUCACCCAUUCUGUUCCGCCUUGCUGCCUGCAUGCUACACCUCACCACAGUUCCCCAUAUCCCCAUUGCACUACAGCAUCGAUGACGAAAUCCCAUACAUCCACAAUGUGCACUACAGCAAAGCAUUGUCCAUGCCGUGACAGCCCAUGGUCGUUUCAGGCCCGCGGCUCGUCCAACUGCUGUUCUGUCUGCACCCGCGCAGCAACCGCAGAGCCCAUCCAUCUCGGGACCCCGCUUAGUCGCUUGUCAGAAUCAAUACUGCCGAGUGCCUCA